AGCUAUGCGCGCGAACGGUUCCUUGGCAACCUGGGAGGAAUCCAGCCUCAGCCACAGGCUCUUCCUCUCCCCUCCCACCGCCUCCUACUGCGGGCGCCGGGGGCGGAGGCUGCCAGCCCAUUAUAAAAAGCAACCGAGGCUGGUGGCAGAGGGACUAAUUGGAACUGCGACGUGGCCCAGCCUUCUAACCCACCGGAUUCCUGCACUCCAGCCAUGGUUCCCUCUCCGCUCGCGUGGCUGCUGUGCCUGGCCGCGUUCUGUCAUCUAGGCACCCUGCUGGAGGGUCAACACCUCGGCGUGACGAAAUGCAACAUCACCUGCCACAAGAUGACCUCAGAAAUCCCGGUGACAUUGCUUAUCCACUAUUGGCCGAACCAGGAAUCGUGCAGCAGGCCCGCCAUUGUCUUGGAGACGAGACUGCACAGACACUUCUGUGCUGACCCAAAUGAGAAAUGGGUCCAAGACGCCAUGAAGUAUCUGGACCGCAAGGCUGCUGCCCCAGCUCAGAAUAAUGGCAAGUUUGAGAAAUUGGUCAAUGUGACAUCUGGGAUCACCCCAGCCACCAAGGGACUGCCCCCAUCUGUUCUGACAGAGCCUGAAGCCACAGAGACCUUGGAGCUGACUACUAUUCCCCAGGAGUCCCAGAGGCCUAUGGGGACUUCCCAGGAGCCACCAGCAACAGUAACUCAAUCAUCUCUCUCCACUUCUGAGGCUCAGGAUGCAGGGCUUGCCACCAGACCUCAAACCACUGGGAUUUUUGAAAAGGCUGCCAUCUCUACCACCAUUUGGCAGAGUUCUGCAGCCUACCAAUCUAAAUCUAGGCUUCAGCCGGAGGAGAAGGCUACUGGAUCCCCAUCCACUACAGCCCCAUUGACCCAGGCACCCACCACUUCACAUUUAACCCCGGAGAAUGCUGGGUCUAAGGGUCAGACCCCCAGUCCAGUGAUGUCUGCUGGGUCUAAAGGUCAGACCCCCAGUCCAGCGACGUCUCUAGGGUCUGAGGAGACAAAUCAAGCUCAUACUGAUAAUUUCCAGGACAGGGAAGCUGGCAACACAGUCCAUCCCUCAGUGGCCCCCAUUUCCUCUGAAGGGAUCCCCAGCCCGGACCUGGUGGCUUCAGGCAGUUGGCCUCCCAAGGCAGAGGAGCCCAUCCAUGCUACUGCAGAGUCCCAGAAGCGGAGUGUCUUUAUCACUCCUGUCCCUGACUCCCAGGCAGCCACCCGGAGGCAGGCAGUGGGGCUGCUGGCAUUCCUGGGUUUACUCUUCUGCCUGGGAGUGGCUAUGUUUGCCUACCAGAGCCUCCAGGGCUGUUCCCGCAAAAUGGCAGGGGAGAUGGUAGAAGGCCUCCGCUAUGUGCCCCGUAGCUGUGGCAGUAACUCAUAUGUCCUGGUGCCAGUGUGAGCUACCUGACUGCUGGUGUCCAUAGUUUGAUUCAGACAGCUGUCUGGGGACCCCCAUCCUCAUACCCACCUUCACCCAAGCUGGGACAAUGGGAAUGGGGAGGUUGGGUCCUCCAGGAGCCAUGUGCUCCAAGCCCCCUAUUGUGGCCCUGGAGGCCACCUUCUACCAUUACCCACUCAUGAGAGACAGCAGGUGGCCCUUCCUGCUCAGCGAUAUUUGAGAGACUCCUCUGCUGCUGGCUGGUUGGAGGGGCCCUUGACAUCCCAACCCUAGUGAACAAUUAUUUAUUGCGUUCCCAGCCCCCAUGACACCUGUUUCCUGUGAGCACCGUGGUCCACCCAUCUCAUAAGCAGCAGGUCAGGCCAUCUGCCUGUGCCCCUGGCCUCCUCAUGUCUCCUGGGUUUGCUGCAGUCGCCAGCCCUUCCCCCUCCUGGCCAGCUGCGGUGCUAUCUCUCCCUGUCCCCUGUACAGAGCACACCUCCACCACCAUCACCACUUUGUCCUUCUUUGCAUGAGGUUAACGCUGUGUUUCCUGGAGCUCUCUGGGAAGGGAGAUGAGCUAGUGUGGGGUUUUAAUGCAUUCCUCCCCAGACUGCUGUGACGGCAUGCUGCAUCUAAAGGCAGGGUCUAGUCCCCACUCGGCUACUGCACUCCGUCUGUGAAAGAAAAGAAGCAUGGCCCUGAUGUCAUCACUUUCUCUGAGAUCCUUGUCCUCCCGGGAUGCAGUUCCCAGCCCUUAUCAACACUGAGGUCACUGCCAUCCCACUGGACUGACACCUUUGCAAUCUAGACUCCAAGGGCAAGGGGUGACUUGAGAGUUCAGGUCCUACCCUGUGGGCCCCCAAAUGGAGGCUGAGUUGGGGAUUUGCAGGAACAGAGGCCAACUCAGAAGGCUCCUCUGUGUCCUCACUAGUCACCCCCUACCUGGCUCACCAAGAUUACAGCUAUAGGUCUGCCCUGCCUGAAGGACAAGCCACAGGAGAAAGGGGAUGACAAGCCCCCGGGAGGCAGAGGAUCCAGGGCAGGCAUCUGGAGUGGCCACACAACUGAUUUAAGUUCAGGGACUUGCACUUGUACCUGCACAGCCCAGAUGGUUAGGAGGCUGGAUCUUUUCUCAACUCUGAAAGCACUGUUCACGCCAAGGUCUCACCUUUGCCCCACUACAAGCAGGACCAGAACUCCCGUAACAUUCUCCAAGAGCCCUGUGAAAAUGUCUGGAAGGGACUCUGCCCUGGGCACAAAAUGACUGCUGCAGCUUCCAGGGUGUCCAGCUGGGGACAGUUGGGUAGUACCCUAGCUGGAGCAGGACCUGCAGACCUCGCCCCUCAGGGCCCUUGGUGGCAGCUCUCCCCACCCUGCUCCUGAUAGCCCCAACCCUCCACCUUCAGAGCCUCCCAUGGGCAGGCUUUUCCCGGUGACUCACUUCUUGAUAGGUAAAGGAAGCUCAGAACAGUUGGCUCUGUCCCAGAGUGAGGAAGCCAGCCCCCAGGUGACCCUCCCUCCUGGGAAGCUUGUGGGAGGCUGUGGUCUGGCUCCAGGGUGCAGGAGCUGCAGCCUGAGUGCACUUUGUCCUGGCUCCUUCAGUGGGGAGCCAUCAGGGGUUGAUGAAAGCUGCUGGGGCAUGUGGUCCCCUUGAUGGACUUUGUGGGUUCUCCCCAGCAGAAUGUGGGCCAAGACGAUCUGGGGAGUUGUUUGGAGGGAGUUGGUCAAUCCUUUGGCUUUUUCAAGCAUCAUUAUCAAUGUCUGUGCCAUUUUGUAUUUUACUAAUAAAAUUUAAAAGUCUUGUGAAUCAAAUAA